CCCAGCCAGCCAAAGAUGACCGACCGACCGCCGCCCGAACACAAGCCCACUCAAACAAAACCCAACCCAUCUCCUCCUCCCUCCGUAUUCUAUUCCUCAUCGUCGUCGUCUCUCUCCAGCACUGACUUUCUCCGAAUCCCUCGCCCCCCUCUGCUCUGUUAACCCCGUGCUGCCAUCCAUUGCGGGGCUGCGAUCCUGCGCUGGUGCUGGCACCUGGUAAUCAGCACGAGCACCGCCGUCCGGCGCAUCGGGUUAGGGUGUCCCAGAUUUGAAAGGCUGAGGUUACCCUUUGUUGGAAAAGGCUUUGCCAUAGAGCUGGGACAUGGACAUGGCAUUGCCGAUUGUGAAUGCCACCACGGCAGCGCUUGCUCGUGUCUCAGCUGCAUUCAACGCUCCUCUUGCCCGUGCUGUCGUCUUCGGGGUUCAUAUCGAUGGUCACUUGGUUGUGGAAGGACUUCUUAUUGCCGUCAUAGUGUUUCAGCUUUCCAGGAAGAGCUACAAACCUCCAAAGAAGCCACUUAGCGAAAAGGAGGUUGAUGAGCUAUGUGAUGAAUGGGAACCAGAACCUUUAUGUCCCCCAAUCAAGGAGGAGUCCCACAUUGACCCACCAAUCUUGGAAAGUGCUGCUGGACCACACACGACCAUUGAGGGGAAAGAAGUUGUAAACUUUGCAUCAGCGAACUACCUUGGUUUAAUUGGCAACGAGAAAAUUAUUGAUUCUUGUGUUGGUUCAUUGGAGAAAUAUGGUGUUGGAUCCUGUGGUCCACGUGGCUUCUAUGGAACAAUUGAUGUCCACCUUGACUGUGAAGCAAAAAUAGCCAAUUUCCUGGGAACACCGGACUCCAUUCUGUAUUCAUAUGGGAUAUCGACCAUAUUCAGUGUUAUACCUGCAUUUUGUAAGAAAGGAGAUAUCAUAGUGGCUGAUGAGGGUGUUCACUGGGCAGUGCAAAAUGGUCUCUAUCUAUCGAGAAGUACCGUUGUUUAUUUCAAGCAUAAUGAUAUGGCUUCACUCGCUAGCACUUUGGAAAAACUUACUCGUGGAAACAAACGGACCGAGAAGAUUAGACGCUACAUUGUUGUGGAAUCUAUCUACCAGAAUUCUGGUCAAAUCGCCCCCUUGGAUGAGAUAGUCAAAUUGAAGGAGAAGUAUCUGUUCCGUGUUAUUCUGGAGGAGUCUCAUUCGUUUGGUGUGCUCGGCAAGUCUGGGCGGGGCCUUGCCGAACAUUAUGGUGUACCGAUUGACAAAAUUGAUAUCAUCACUGCUGGAAUGGGAAAUGCAUUAGCUACUGAUGGUGGGUUCUGUACAGGAAGUGCUAGAGUUGUUGAUCAUCAGCGUCUAAGCAGCGCUGGCUAUGUUUUCUCUGCCUCUCUGCCACCCUAUCUUGCCAGUGCCGCAGUUUCUGCUGUAAACUACCUGGAGGAGAAUCCUUCAGUUCUCGCUAACCUAAGGAGCAAUGUUGCGCUUCUGCAUGCAGGACUGUCAGAUGCACCAGGACUUGAGAUUUCUAGCCAUGCCCUGUCACCGAUCGUCUUCCUUAAGCUGAAGAAAUCGACUGGUUCUCUGGCCACUGACCUAGAUCUUCUUGAAACCAUUGCCGAGCAGGUUUUGAAGGAAGAUUCCGUUUUCAUUGUGGCGUCGAAGAGGUCAACUCUGGACAGAUGCAAGCUCCCCGUCGGAAUCCGGCUGUUCGUUUCAGCUGGUCACACUGAAUCUGACAUCUCCAAAGUGUGUUCAUCCUUGAAGAGGAUUUCUGCGUCGGUUCUUUCAGAUCACGUUUGACCCUGGUUUCCCUUCCAAAUAUGACAAGGGCUUGGUGGUUUUUGACGCCGUGUGUACUCUAAAGGCUGAUUACGUGUUUGGUAAAUGUACAUAACAGUUAUGUACAUUUCUGGAUUUCAUGAGUUCCAUAUGUUGUUGUCGCCCAUACCUGCUAGUGAAAAUUUUGUAAACGCUGUGGUUAGAGAUGAUGAGUUGUGCUGUACAUUUGACUAAUUUCCAUGUUGUAAACUAGGCAUAUAUGUCUUCAGUA